AUCUCCACAGUCCAAACUGAAUUAUCCGAAGAUCGAUCUCUCUCUCUCUCUCUCUCCCCCCUUUCCAGCCUGUGGAACAGUGUGAGAUAAUGGGCAAGCUGAGCUCUUCCUCUGCUUCUAAUUCUUCUUCUUCAUCUUCAACUCUUACCAUUAUUUGUUGUAUAUAUUACAUGUAUUUGUUCUCAAAUUUCACAAAUGUCGAGGGGUUUGAUUCUCUGAUACAGCUCCCACACUCUGGGGGUUCUAGACACCGACCCAGAUCGAAAAAAGUUCUCUAUGUCACUGAUUAUGGUGCAAAAGGCCAUAAUUUCAACGAUGACACUGAGGCUCUCAAAGAUGUUUGGAAGGUUGCUUGUUCUUUAUCAUCACGACCAAAAAUAGUAGUUCCAGUGGGACACACCUACCUGGUCCGACCUAUUGAUUUUGCUGGCCCUUGCCGAUCAAAGAUAACAUUGAGGAUCUCUGGUACUAUCGUUGCUCCCAAAGAUCCUGAUGUCUGGGAUGGCUUGAAUCCACGUAAGUGGCUCUAUUUCCAUGGGGUGAACCACCUGACUGUAGAAGGAGGGGGGAUAAUUGAUGGGAUGGGACAGGAAUGGUGGUCUCAGUCUUGCAAGAUCAACAAAACAAAUCCAUGUCGACAUGCUCCUACGGCCUUGACUUUUCAUAGAUGCAAGAAUUUGAGAAUCAGGAAUCUUAUGAUGGUAAACAGUCAACAAAUGCACUUGGCAUUUACUAGCUGUGUUCGUGUUGCAGCAUCACGUCUAAAAGUGCUGGCACCUGGGUCUAGCCCCAACACUGAUGGUAUCCACAUUAGCGCAUCUACUCUUGUUGAAGUCAAGGAAAGUAUUGUUAGAACAGGAGAUGACUGCAUCUCUAUUGUCGGCAAUUCUUCGAGUAUCCGAAUCAGAAACAUUUCCUGUGGACCAGGCCAUGGUAUAAGUAUUGGAAGCUUGGGAAAGUCAAGCUCAUUGGUGGAAGUGCACAAUGUAAGUGUUGAUGGAGCAUUUCUGUCUAACACUGAAAAUGGGGUGAGGAUCAAAACGUGGCAGGGAGGUAGUGGUUUUGCCACGAAGAUUGCUUUUCAGAAUGUGUGGAUGGAAAAUGUCUCGAAUCCCAUAAUAAUAGAUCAAUUUUAUUGCGACUCACCCAUUCCAUGUGAAAACCAGACUUUGGCUGUUAAAGUUGAGGAUAUAUCCUUCAUGGCCAUAAAAGGAACAUCGGCAACAGAGCAAGCUAUAAAAUUUGCUUGCAGUGAUACCUUCCCAUGUGAAAGUUUAUAUUUAGAAGAUAUUCAACUUGACUCGUACUCUGGUGGAUCUACAAGUUCCUUUUGUUGGGAAGCUCAAGGCUCGUGUUCAGGUCUAAUAAACCCCCCUCCUUGCUUCGCAUCCGAUGAAACCUACAUUGGGCUGAAAGUUCCUUCUAGCUCUGUUCUUCAGUCCAUUUAACGAUGAUUAUGCAUUUUUAGAUGAGUAAAUUUCAAUUCAAUUAAACACGCCUGUUGCAGUUAUGCAUAGCGAUAUGCAGUCCAUAUAAACGUUACAGAUCAUGGCAGUGGCGGUCAAUAUUGAGUUCUUCAUGCUGUGAUAAUUGUUGUAUAUAAUUUCUUUAAUUUCACGUGUAUAUUGAUGUAAUUGUACUUUAAUUAUCAUUUAUAAAUGUGUAUUUAUCUAA